AUGUCCAACACCAAUCUCGCAUCGCCAAUAACCGAUAUUCAAGUCGUCAAAAAAAUCGAGUCAAUGUUCGGCAAAAAAUUCUGCUACGAGCUUCUUGACGUCGGCGAAGCGUCGCAAUUAAUCAAAAAAGGCGACGGUCUCGGUCUCGAGCUUCGCCAAUUUUUCAUCGUCUCCAUCAACUAUAACAGUCCGUUUUUGGGCUCUCUGAAAGCCGGCGACAUUGUGCUCUCGUUGAACGGACAACACCUAAAUGAUGUUGGCCAAUUCGUCAAAAUUGUCCAAAAUUUGCAACAAUCGCCGGUGCCGAGGGCUGUCAUCAAGUAUAUUCGAUUGAAGCGGCGAAUUAGUCGGCCGGUGUCUUUUCCGCCAUUCCAGAAGCAGGAAGGAUAUUCAUAUGAAACGGCAGUCAUUUACAAUAUGAAGGGAAUAUUCCAUUUAGGUUUAGACCUUCGUGAUAUCGACGGAAAACUUAUUGUGUGUCAUAUGAUUGAAAACUCGCUAUCGGAUUUGACAUUUUCGCUCGGCGAGGCCAUCAUCGACAUUGACGGUGAAAUAAUGCUCAAUUUGAACAUGUUUCACGAGCGCUUGAAAAAAUCAUUGGAGAUUCGAAAGUACGCGUUGUGUUUGAUGGAAAUCCCGGCGACGGACAUGAUCAAAAAUAUGAUUCGAAACAAAAUCGCGGCGGCGACGAAGGAGAUAUUUCGCGUCUAUCCGAUUCCGCAAGACUGCCGACAAUACGCGCUCGAGGGCAUUUCGGUUCUUCGACGAAACAUUGAGCCGAAGCCGAUUUUGACAGAGGAGAAAGCCAAGCAUCCAUCGGCACGAUUAAAAAUGCAGGAGAAAGUCCGCGAAAUGGAUGUGCCUUCGAGCUGGAACUCGAUGCUGUUCGUCAAGAUACUUCCCGCGAAAACUGUCGAAUCCGAAAAUGGUGGAUAA